AGAAAGUUAAGAAAGACUUCAUUUUCACGACUAAAUCAAGAGAUGAAGAAUUUACUGCUCGUCGGACUCUGUCUUACCAUCUCAUGGUCUGUCAGCUCAGCCCAAACCUUGGAUGCAAUCAAUUUGCUGGCCUCAUGUGGCAGCGAGUGCUGGAAAGUGGAUCCCAAUAACCUGAACCCCGAGAAUGUGAACAUCAACCAUGAACCAUUUGAUAGCAAUGUGGUCCGGUGUAUGCAGGUUUGCUUCGCGACUAAGACCAAAAAACCGGACAACGAGGUCAACCUCCGACCGGCACAGAUCCAAAAGAUCAAGGUGUCGUCCUAUUGCGGACACAUCUGCUAUAAUAACAACAAAGCCUACAAAAAGUCCUUAGAUUUCUGUUACGCUGGUUGUUUGGGAACUAUACUCCAGCCUAAGGUUAAGGGACAACAGGGGGCCGCCGUCCAGUCUCAGGCCGUACCCCAGGCCGUAUCUCAGCCACAGUCCGUACCUCAGCCACAGGGCGUACCUCAGGCGCAGGGCGUACCUCAGGCACAGGGCGUACCUCAACCACAGUCCGUAUCCCAACCAAAGUCCGUACCUCAGACACAGCCACAGGGAGUAUUUCAGGCAUUGGCGUACGGGACACAACGUAAACCCGUCACAGGAUAA